UAAUCUGUGUAACACUCCAUUUUCCAAAGAAAAGUAUGUUGUGCCAUGUUGUGGUGAUGAGUCGUCAGUUAAACUUUGAAAUGAAGGGUUAAAUUGUGUUUUGGUGUGUGCUGUGAUUUCCAUUUCACAAACUCAUGAAGUUUGCUCACAGAAGAGGAUUUUCAUUCUCACAUGGAGUCAGGAAGUAGCACCGAUGACAGUGAUUAUGAGACAUAUUUAUAUAGCUUGUUACAUUAUUCUGGGGAGAAUCAAUUAGAAGAAAAUUAUCGCUUGCCAGGCUCAUCAUCAUCUGAGAGAAUGUCUGUAGAUCAAAGUGGUUCAUCUGAAGUUGUUAGCUCAUUUUACCAAAGUAAAAGGAGUAAAGUUUCUCGUUGGGAUAUGGUUAAGAGCCUUCCUGACACUUCUGAUGAACCACCAUAUAAUGGAAGAACAGCUACAUUAAGCAGUGGUUCAAAAAAUAAAAGAGUAAUAAGGCCAGGAGAAGAACAAAAAAUUCAAAAUAAUUAUUCUAGUUUAUUACAUGCUUAUAAGGAAGCUAGGUCAAGCUGUAAGCAAUCAACUGCGGCUAAGGAACAAAAUUUACAGAAGACUUAUGCAGAAUACAGAUGCAGAAAUAUAACUGAGAAGGAAACUGGUUUUUCAAGUGCAUCAAAUGUGGAAAGCAAAAAGGGUAAAAAUGCAGUUACAGUAUCUAAUUCUUUCUUUCAGGAUAGUGUUCCAAUAGCUGUUGAAAAGCAUACUUCUGUGCUCAGAAGUGCAUCCACUUAUAUCAACAGUUCCACUGAUAAUAGUCAUUUUAAUAAUUACACAUAUGAUAAAAGUAAAUGUUCAAAAUCUCAAAAUUCCAAUAAUAAGGACAUAUUAAAUGAUGGAGACAGAAAUAAGAAAUGGAAUUGUGAGGUAAGAAACAAGUUGAGAGAUAACAGACAUGAACAAUUAGAAGGCAAAUUUUCAAAGUAUAACUUAUGUUUGAAUAAGGAAAAACAAAAUUCUGUUGAGGAAUCUGUAAUAGUUUUAGAUAGCAGUGAUAGUGACACUGAGUCUGUGGUGGAAGUAGAGCCCCCAGUACGUGAUCCACCACCUGUUGUGUCCCUUAGUUCAGAUGAGGAGGCACUGAAUAAUAUGCCAGAUGAAAAAAGACCGAAGAAAGUGUCAGUGGAGGAUGACAUUGUUGUGCUCUAUACUAGUGACAAAAUUAAUAUAAGUGCGGUAUGGCCUGCUGUUACUGACAGUGACACAGAAAGUGUAGGAAGUGUUGCCACAGUAGUGCUGAAUGGUACAAGAGAAAAUUCAGAGAAGAAGAGAAGAAAGAAAAAGAAACAGAAGAAAGUAGCAGAGAAUGGAGGAUAUCUUGAAAGAAGUUUAAAUUCAGUGUUUCAGACUUCAUCUUUAACUUCUAAGUUUAUAUGUCCAAAGUCUUGGUCUAAAGAUAUGUCCCAUUUCUACAAUGAUUCUUGGGGAGGUGAAAAGUUUGAUGUUCGUCAGUUGCAGAAAUAUAUGUCAGACAAUCCUGCCAAUUGGCAGGUUUUGCGUAGUGACAUUGUUUCCACACCCAGAAGAACAGGUCCAGAUCACCGCAAGAAGUGCAAUAACUGUAACAUUUGGGGACACACUCCUCAGGAUUGCCCUGAUCGUCAAAAACCUAUAGUGUGCCUUUUUUGUGGGAAGACAGGUCAUUCUAAACAUAGAUGUCCCACAACAAUCUGCCUCAAUUGUGGCAAGCCUGCUAAGGUGUACAGAAAUGGCUGUCCAGAGUGUUUAUCACCAAAGAAAUUGUAUCAGCCAUGCAGUGUGUGUAAUAAAGUCGAUCAUCCCCCUUCCGAGUGUCCAGAAUUGUGGCGGAGGUAUCAUGCAACAACUACCAGCAAAGACUUGGGUGCUGUCUGUCCAAGAAUACUUUACAAGCCACAAGAAGAGCAGUUUUGUUCCAACUGUGCCAGAAGAGGCCACCUGUCUCAUGAAUGUAGAUCUGUAGAUCAUUCUUAUGCACCAUCGCAUAACUCAUUAAAACGUAGAAGUGCUCGGGAACAUAACAGAAUGCCUGCCAAGAGGAGAAAGCAUAACAAUCAUUCUGCAAAAAUGUCUUCUUUUAAUUUAUAUAUCCAACCAUGGUAUAACCCAAUUUAGCAAAGAAUUCUGUCUAAUAAUUAAUUUGUACUUCACAACAGUUUUCUACAAUAUAUGUAUGUAUAUUGUUGUAUGAGCUGUAUACCUGUAAAAUAUAAAUAUUGUUAUAAAUUGUUAAUUGUACAUUAUGUUACACACACACAGUGCAUUUUGUGUUUACUGUGAUGCCUUAAAUUUUGCUUUAUAUCUAACUUCAGGGGUCAGUCAUGACAAAAAUUGUCCUGAUAACUGAAUUUUGUUCACUUUGUCUUUAACAUCUAGUGAUUAUGUGUCUGGAGUUUGUCAGUGGUCUGGAAUUGUUGUUGUAUGAUUUCAAUUACCAGUUUUGACAAAAUUUCAAAGCAAACAUAAAUUGUGAUAUUUCUGUUGGAGAUUAUGCAGUAGCAUAUAAAAUUUGACCUAGAAGUUCUAUUGCUUCUGGAUUUCUCCAUUGGCUAUGAGCCCAAAAAAUGUUGUUCUUUUGGGAGGGGACAAUUUUGUACAUGCAGGGAGAGUACCUUGAGAUUACUCUAAUAUGAAACGGAAGACCAUAUAAUGACGCACUGUGAUCAAAAAUUCAGAUCAAAUUUGACCCAGCUGUUACUUGGUAAAAUAUGAAUUAUAUGAUGCUAGAAGAAAUUUCUUUGGUAGUACCUAAAUUGGUGUAAAAUGCAUAGGUGUGUAUUUCAGUUAUUACUGUUUGAUUGUUAAGCCUACCUGUUAACAGUGAUAUAGAUGGUACUGAAAUAGUGUAUUUAAUAACAUUUACAGUAGAAGAAUUAUAAGCAGCACUAAAGUUUUAUCAGUAUGAAUUUUCCCCAUUGUGUUAACCAAUUAAUUUGCAAACUUUUUUGUGAAAUGUGAUGUUCCAUGAUACGUUUCAAGAGAUCUUGCAGAUAUUUUUCUCUUAAUGUAACUGAUUCUGUCCCUAAGUUUCCCUAAGCUGUAUUCUGGUUAACCUGUUGGCAUGCUAUGACAGCUGCAGGAUUUGUGCUGGUUUGGGUGAUGAUGGCUUCUUAGGUGUGAAAUGGUUUUGUCAUAUGUAUGCAUAAUUUCCCUUUACCUGGCCUUUUGGUUUUUAACUAAAUCAGGUAUUGUAUUAUUGCUGUUAACAUAGCUUGACUGGCUUAAUCAUAACUCGCUGACAAACUCCGGUAAUGGACGAUCUGUUAACACUAAGCACUGGCAAUUUUAUGUACGGAGUUCCCUGCUGCUGUGACACUUUGGACAUAUAAAGAGAUUGUCACAAUUACAAA